AUGGAAUGGCGGGAGCCUCAUCCUCGCUGCCCACCGCCCCGCCGGAAGCGGAAACAGAAUCCCCGUGUGCCCCUUCCUCACUGCCCUCCAAAUCCCGCUGCAGCCAUUGCGGCAGCCACGAUGCCGAAACGAAAGAAGCAGAAUCAGCACCAGCCACCAUCACAGCAGCAGCCCCCACUGCCCGAGCGGGAAGAUACUGGAGAUGAGGAGGAUGGGAGUCCCAUCGGACCACCCAGCCUUCUGGGCCCUCCCCCCAUGGCCAAUGGAAAACCUGGUGACCCUAAGUCAGCUUUUCACAGAGGUCCUCCAGGAUCAAGGGGACCAUUGAUUCCACCACUGCUGAGCCUCCCACCUCCUCCAUGGGGUAGAGGCCCAAUUCGGGGAGGCCUUGGCCCCAGGUCUAGCCCAUAUGGUCGUGGUUGGUGGGGAGUCAAUGCUGAACCUCCUUUUCCGGGGCCAGGCCAUGGGGGUCCCACCAGGGGAAGCUUUCACAAAGAACAGAGAAACCCUCGAAGGCUCAAAAGCUGGUCUCUUAUCAAGAAUACCUGCCCGCCCAAGGAUGACCCCCAGGUUAUGGAAGACAAAUCUGACCGCCCUGUCUGCCGACAUUUUGCCAAAAAGGGCCACUGUCGAUAUGAGGACCUCUGUGCCUUCUACCACCCAGGCGUCAAUGGACCUCCCCUGUGAGACUGUGCCUUCCCAUCCAGGCUGGAAGGAGCUCUCUGUGACCUAGUGGCAAUGCAUUUCCCUGUAGCCCUGUGAUGGCUACUGUGAGGCUCUUCCAACACCCUCAGUCAGUGACGCACCCACCCCAUCCGCCACCUCCCCAAUUUGGGGUCCACAGUUGUGUUGUGUCACUGGUGCGAGGUGUAUGCGCUUUCUUCUGAUCCAGCCUGUAGAGACUCACCUUCGGGACCCAUCUUUGCUCCCUUCAGUUGCCUCCUGGAUCUUCUUUCCCGUCAUCAAAUGACUGCUGAACAGGAAACUUCUUUGGUGCUGUUUCUUGUGCAUCUCUCCACCUGCUCCCCAGUACUGCCCUCAAUUCCUGAGAGCCCUGGAGUGGUUUCUUACCAUUCCCUUCUUCUAGCUGCUUGUUUUGUUUUAAGUCAUUUUUAUGUGACAACUCCUACCCCCAAUGUUGUCAGCUGCUUGUGAAACUGCCAGGUUGUCUAACCUGGGGUCAGGUUUUGGUGACUGGUGCAGAGUUACUUCCUACAAGGCCACUCUCCCUACUUUUGGAUUUCAUAGUUUCUGUCAGUAGCAUGAGCCCCACCACUAUGGUCUGUGAUCACCGUGCUUUGUGGAACUGUGCAUCCCCUUGUAGCCUUUUUCAGUGUCCAUGGCAUUUUUGUGACUUCCCAACACUAGAGUAAGUUUUUCUGCCAAAAUGAGUGAGGCUCUUGGUGCCCUCUAGCCUUUCCCACCUCCCAACGUGGGAGAAUUGUGAACUUUCCAUCAAACUGCUUCCCUGGCCCUCCCCAUUCUCCUGUUGGUUAUUCUGGGUCUGACACAGGCCCUUGAGAUGUCAUGUAAAGCCUCCAGUGGCUUUAUCCUACCUAGAUCCCUUCUAGCCCAUUUUAGUUAGACUGUCAUUGUGAAUGCACCAGUCAUUUCAUUUGAAUUCUGUGAAUCUCCACCUUGCCUAUGUUUGGGUGGAAACUGGACAGUACUGUUGCCCUCUUCCAACCCCUCUUCCCCUACAUCCUGGUACUGGUUGUUUUCUGUGAAAACAGCAGUGAACAGGUUCCGUUUUGAACUGACCCUGAGGAAGUGAGUCAGGAGCUGUACUGGCAAGAGGGAGGGGAUGAGAGCUAUUGGAGAACUGAGAAUGAGGUUUUUUUUUCUUUUUAACAUUUUUUUAUAUUAGUAAUAAACGCAGUGGAAACCAGCAUUUUCUUUAA